AUGAUGAAUGGCUCCGACCUCGCCAGUACGACGGCGUCCAGUCCCAAAUCCAAAGAGGACCAAGUAGUGAAUGGCCACGAUGAAAAGGAAAACAACCCCUUCGCAGAGUACAUGUGGAUGGAGAACGAAGAAGACUUCAACAGACAGGUGGAGGAGGAGCUGCAGGAGCAGGAGUUUCUCGACCGCUGCUUCCAGGAGAUGCUGGAGGAAGAAGACCAGGACUGGUUCAUUCCAUCGCGCGACCUGCCCCAGGGCAUGAGCAAAAGCAACUUGAAUCCAGAUGCCAAGGAGUUUGUGCCCGGCGUGAAGUACUGA